GGUGGUCGGCAGGAGGGAGUCGGCUGACGGUGCACAGCUCUGAUCGCCUUCUGCUCCUCGGGUUCGUCUCUUUUUCCUUUCUGCCUCUCCCUAGCCGGCUCGGCGGUGGUGUCGCGUUGCGAUGCCGGUGCCCGACUUCCCUCCGGCACCGAGGCGCUGCUUUAUUUCCCUUCCCUUUUCCUGGAGCGGCGGCCGGGCGCGGUGGGUGCGUGCCGCGAUCGGGCAGCGCCGUGCGCGGGGCCGGGCAGUGCGGCGCUCCGCUCCGCUCUGCUGCGGGCGUGCCGGGCGCCCCGGCUUUGCCGCGGGUCCUGCUGGAGUUUCGGGACUGGGUAAUAAAGUGGAGCGGUAAUGCGUGCUGUCAGCUUUGCUCGUUGCUUAGGUGAGACAGACUUGGGCUGAGGAUCAGAGGCUACUGCAUGUGAACAUAUCAUGCAGGAAGAAAUGACAAGUGAGGAUGAAACAAAGCAGACCACAGAAGAAGGAGAAGAGGACCUUGUAACAGAUGUUUCAGAUGAUGGUUUUAAGCAUGGACCUGACAAUCUGCUUUCUUCUAGUGUCAGUGGAAAGCCUCUUACUGUGAGCAAUUCUACUCCAGCUAAAGGUGGUGGGAAUGACAACAAGAAAUUAAAAGGAGGGAGAUUGCCAUGCUUACCUUCUCGUGUCCUUCAUCUUCGUCAAAUUCCAGAUAAUGCCACUGAAGCAGAUGUCAUUUCAUUAGGUCUCCCUUUUGGCAAAGUAACCAAUGUAUUGAUUUUAAGAGGAAAAAGUCAGGCUUUUUUGGAAAUGGCUUCUGAGGAAAAUGCUGUUAGUAUGGUGAACUACUGCUCUACCGCUAUACCUCACAUCCACAAUCAGCCUGUGUAUGUUCAGUAUUCCAACCACAGAGAACUUAAGACUGACAGUCUCCCUAGUCAGGCUAGUGCUCAAGCUGCAUUGCAAGUUGUGAAUACCGUGCAGUGUGGAAACGUGGGUGUUACAAGUACUUUUGCUGCUGAAAGUGGGCUCCCUCCAGGUCACAGUUCUGUUCUUCGAAUCAUUAUUGAAAAUCUGUUCUACCCUGUCUCUCUAGAAGUGCUGUAUCAGAUUUUCUCUAAGUUUGGAUUUGUCUUGAAGAUUGUCACCUUUACAAGAAACAAUCAGUUUCAAGCCUUGAUCCAAUAUGCUGAACCAGUGAAUGCAUAUUAUGCCAAAAUGGCUCUGAAUGGCCGAAAUAUCUACAAUGCAUGCUGCACUCUGCAUAUUGAUUUCUCCAAGUUAACAAGCCUUAAGGUGAAGUACAACAAUGAGAAAAGCAGGGAUUUCACUCGCUUUGACCUUCCAGCUGCUGAUGGCCAACUACCCCUGGAUCCAGCCAUAAUUGCUGCCUUUGGGUCCCAAGGUAUCAUCUUCCAACCCUAUGUAGGGACUGGUGGAAUUGGUCCGGUCACAUACUUUCCUCAAGGGGCUGUCACCACAUCUGUGGCAUCUGUACGGAUGAGUAAUCCAGGUGUUCCAGGAAAUUCUGUUUUACUGGUCAGCAACCUCAACCCUGAGGCCAUCACACCACAUGGACUUUUCAUCCUAUUUGGUGCUUAUGGUGAUGUGCUUCGUGUGAAGAUCAUGUUUAAGAAUAAAGAAAAUGCUUUGGUUCAAAUGGCAGAUGCAACCCAGGCUCAAAUAGCUAUCAGCAACUUGAAUGGACAGAAGCUUUAUGGGAAGUUCAUCCGUGCAACUCUUUCAAAACAUCAGAAUAUUCAGCUCCCUCGUGAAGGAGAAGAGGACAACGGUCUGACAAAGGACUAUAGCAAUAGCCCAUUACAUCGCUUUAAGAAUCCUGGCUCUAAGAACUUCCAGAAUAUCUUUCCUCCAUCUGCCACCCUCCAUCUCUCAAACAUCCCGCCUUCUGUUUCUUUUGAUGAUCUUAAGAGUCUUUUUGCACGUACUGGAUCUACUGUGAAAGCCUUCAGAUUUUUCCAGAGAGAUUGCAAAAUGGCUCUUAUCCAGCUGGGCUCUGUGGAAGAAGCAGUUCACGCUCUCAUUGAACUUCACAAUUAUGACCUAGGAGAAAAUCAUCACCUCCGAGUUUCCUUCUCAAAAUCUACAAUUUGACUUUUCUGCGAAUAUUCUUUUUAAAACUGCACUGCAGUUUUGUUAAUAUCAUCACAUAGAGACUGAAGUAGCUGUGACCAAUUCUGCCUCUUCAAAGAAAAAGCUCAUUCAUACACACAGCAAAGAAUUAGGGGAUAAUCUUUUCUGAUUUCAGCUGCCAGUAUAUGAUCAAAUCUUACUAUUCAUCAAUAAAAAGAUUAAAUUUCUUCAGAAAGAAUAUUUAUCAUCUAGUUUCCUAUUUUAAUUUUACUUUCGAGAAUAUAUUUUGAAUUUUUGUUUCAAAUCAGCCUUAUGAAAUAUUUUAGAGUGCUUUUUCAUUAUACCAAACUGAGAAUGUUUCUAACAAAAUGGUAAAUCCACUCAUAUUAAACACUGAUUUGAAUGUGAAAUAGCGCUUGGCUUUCUUGAAGGAGAAACCAAGCACUGAUUGCAAACGCCCUCUGGACAGUAUUUAUGUUACUAGAGUGUGUGCUCACACUUUGGCAAAUCUUUACAAUAACUUUUUUAAAACAUAAAUUUUGUGCUGUUCAUUUGGCUUAUAUUACUGGGGGAAAGGCAGUGCCUUUUCGUAGUGGAGUAAAAGAUGUUUGAGUUUCUCCAAGCUGUGACAUUAGAGUCUUCGCUUGACUUCAUCCUGGAACGGAAGUUGGAUGUGUUAUUUUACUAUGAAGUGAUAUUGUGUAAUAGUAUUUUGAAGAAAAUAAGAGGAGAGAAUAGUCCUGAUUUCAAAGAGUUUUUUACAUUUCUUUAAAGAAGAAAAUGUUUACAAUCUUAUAGAAAAUAUUCAGGUCUGUGAUGGCUUAAUGAAUUUUUAAGAAGUUAUUUUUGGUAAGGUCAUUUUUGGGGAUGAAAAAUUAAACCUCACGAGUUUUUUGUACCAAUAUAGUUACUGUGUAUUUACUUAAUUUCUUAUUAUGUGCCUUACUGUGUGCUUAUGACACAACAGCUUUGAGUUUUAUCAGAAGUAUCUUGAAAAAUGUAAUGCAGGCUUUUAAAAUUCUUUUUUUUUUUUUUCCUUGUAAAUAUUUUCCUAACUGCUACUUUUGUGUUUCCUCCCCUCUGCCCUCCCCCAUCCCCAGUAAUAUUCUAACUUCUAGUCUCUGGUGCUUUAGUAUAGACAUAGGGUAGAGGUGGAAAUUAAGUUUAAAACAUUAGACAGUCCUGUAGGCCUCUUUGAAUUUACCUGGUUGCAGUUGUCUGAUACCUAUAUUUGGCUGAAAAAAAUAUUCCCAGAAAAAUGCACAAAAAAAACACAAACAGACAAAACAAAAUGAUGCAGAGAGGCAAAAGAGCAAGAUCCACUCCAAUUUCUGGAAUUUAACUUCUUGAGAGAUGGUGUUUCAAAUAAUUCUCUUUCAGGUUCUUGCAUUUACCAUUAAGAGCAUUCUUUCAUUUGUCAAGAAGUUCAAUAAUGAAAGUCCAUUUCUCUUUGGAGAAUGAGCUGUGAUGCAGUUAGAUUUUGUAUAGAAAGUAGAUAUGAACAUUACUUAUUUCUGUCAUUAAAGAGCUCUUUUUUUCUUUUUAAGGGCUGUUUCUUUUCAGAAUUUACCAAACAUACAUCACUUUUUAGAAUGUGACAUCACCACAUUUGCUUGUUUAUAACUACUGCAGAACUUUUUGCCACUCAUUCAUUUUGUUUUUUCAUGAUUUUUAUUAGUUGUAGAAUUUCUCUUACCUUUCUAGAACAAAGGGUAUAAUUCUGGAAAUAUGUGAGUAUUUUGGAGUAAGCUUCUUCAGGCUUUUACUCUGAAUUACUUCUGUAAAAUCAGUGAUACAUUAGCUUGCCUUGCUUUAAUGUCUGUAACUUGAGUUGAAGCAGGUAAUCAUACUAAAGAAGGUUCCAAGACUCUAAAAUAAAACAAAAGCAUGGCAUUUGAUAGUAAGUAGAGUGCUGACUGUAGGUAGCUACAGUAGGUUUUAUUCAAGACAAGUAAAAAAUUUUUCAGAAUGUUGCGUUUAAUGGGAAGCUAAAUGCUUAGGAAUAACAGACAUUGUUAUCUUUGGGAUUUGAGGCACUCUUCCCAUUUUCCCCUUUUUGAAAUGACCGAUUCAAUUUAGUGAAUUGUCAACCUUCUUUAAAAAUAAUUUUUAAAAAAGAAUUGGAAAAAAAAAAAGUGCUCCCAGAGCACCCUAUUAGAAAAUAUUGUCUUCAUGUUUUUAGCAAAAUUCCAUGUUGUAAGAAGCCAUGUUGAAAAAGAUCCUAUCUGCAAGUGAAUUAAUUCAUAUUUCCCUCCUAUGUUUAACCUUCUUAGCUGUCAUUGAUAACAGUUAAAGACCGCUGCUAGGAUUGUUUGUCAUUACUGCACAUAGUGGUUUGUUAAUACUUGGACAUUAUUCAUAACGUAUCAUUUAUCACUUUUUUUUAAUGAAGUACAGCUGAAGGGCAGAGGAAAUGUAUUAGACCUGAAUGUAAUUCUAAAGCAGAGAAAAGGAACCUUAAAUUUGAGAAUGAACAUCGACACACAUAAUAUUAUUAUGUGUAUGCUGUAUCACAUUAUGUAUGUAUACAAACAUACAAAUUACAUGCCCUUUUAGUUUGUUAAUUCUAAUAACACUUAAUGCUAAUGCUUAAACAAAUGUGAAGGGAUGAGAAUGCACAGCAUUCUCACAGAAAGAGAAAGAAGUAAUCUUUUUAUUUUGUCUUAAUGUUAGAAUAGAGCUAAUGUCAGCUCUGAACUACUUGUAGUUUGAAAUGAGGAGACCUACAGUUUAAGCUGCCAGAGAUUUACAGAUUUUUAAUGUAAGAAAAAUCUGGAUAGUAGAUAUUUGUGAUCUUCUGUUAGUUUUUUAUUUCUUUUUCUGUUAUGUUUGUCCUGUAUCUUUUUGUCAUUAUCUCUUGUUAUCAUUCUUUUUCUUUAACUGACUCAUUCUUGUCUUAGUUGUAAAUUUAUGUAUUUCUCAGAGCCUCUGCCUCUUAAAGAGAUCUGCUUUCACCAAUGCAGACAAGCCUCAAAAAUAGCUAUACAUCUUAAUGUUUCCUUAACAGAAUGAUGGUACUCGAUAAGGAUAGCUUAUCUCAUUCAGUAUUCUGCCUUGAAUAAUUAAAAGCAAAAAUGUUACUAUAAUGUACUGUUAGUGAAGGGUAAGGACAAAAGGAGUAAUUCUUAAAUUGUGCUUGACUCAUCAGUGCAAAAGCGCUGUUGCAUCUCAGUUUGUGAAUCUCUAAAGAAUAUAUGAGCUCAGUACCUCUGAGAAGAGCAGGCUUUAUUUUACAGAUUCUUACUCUGAUGUAGGUUGAAAAUGAAACUCUGAAGGCCUUAAUACCUCUCCCUGGUAUUAGGGCCAACCGCUCUGUCAAAGAUAUUCCUAAUAUCCCACCUAGCAAUAUGUUGCCUUUUCUAUUACAGCACAACUCCCUGAAAGAUUCUGGCUUCGUCCUCUCUAUACAACGGUAUUAAGCUAUUAAAUAUAGGUUCAUAAUUUCUUUAAUAUAAAUUCUUUAUUUCUGUUUAAGUCACUUGUGAAGCGUGUUGUAAUAUAUACAGUGAAGUUGUACUCUAAAACAGUAGUGGUUAAAUUCUGACUACAGCUACCAGGAAUGAAUGAGGGUAGAGUUCUCUGCCUCUGUAUAUUUAAAGUCAAAAAUCAGCCCUGGGUUACUUCCAACUCCUACUUUUGUUUGAUGUUAGUACAUUGGUUCCAAGUGUAGUAAGUCAUUCUUAACCCAGGAGAAACUCGGUGGCUUUUCAAAUGAGCUGUAAUAUGUUGCCUAGUAGUAAAGCUUCAGCUUGGUUGAAUUUCUGUAAAUGUCUUGGAACAUCAGCUGAAAAUUUGAGUUUUAGUUUGACUUGCUUGCAUUGUCUGCUGGUACCGUCAGUUCAAUUUUUUUGUGCUCUGAGAUAGAUUUAUGUCUUGUUUGUGUGCUUCAGUUACUCCACGGAUCUGAAGAGACUUGCCUAUAUGACACUUUCUGUUUACAGGUGGCAAAUCUGUUUGUAUACUGAGAAAACUACCCAUGCUGGAAAAAAAAAAAAAAAAAAAAAAAAAACAGGUGCAUCUUCCCCUCUUCAGAUUCGUUUAUUUUGAGUCAUAAAGUGAUUCAAUUUAUUGUUUUCUUUCUUUUUUUUUUCUGUUAAGGAUGCAGACCUAUUCCUUGUCAUUGUAUACAGCUGGCAUGUACUGCUGUUCUUCAAAUGCUUUCAACUUUUGUCCUGGUUUGUUUUUAUCUAAAGCAGAUCUAUCACCCUUAGAGUGAUAUCACCCUUUUACUACUGUGCUGAAAAGAUACUGUUCAGAUUACACGUUUUUUUCCUUUAUAUUUAACAGUCUUCUGAUGAUUUGUUUGCUCUAUACAAAACUGUUCACCUGUUCUUUUAAAAGAAAAUCCUAACGAUUGGGAGUUGUGAAUUAUUUCAUGAAAGAAUGGAAAUAUUCUCAAGCAUUUAAUAUCAGGGCUUGAUGGUGUGAGGUGAGUGGGAUAUAACAUAAAGCGGGACCAAAGUUUAUGUGCCUUCAGUAGUCCUGUGUGUAGGGUUUUCUCUUAUCUACUGCUGUUUCAUGUACAAUAAAUACUCCUUUUUUUUUUCCCCUUUCUCCUGAAAACUGUAUAUUGUUAAGAAUGAAAGUUGUCCACUAACUAUACAGGCAGUCAGUUAUAACUUCCAUACAGAUUUAAUGAUAAAAUUGCCUUCACUGCUGCAGGUUUGGGUUUGUAUUUUGUAGGGGGCAUACCACAGUAUGCUAGAAUCCAGGCAUAAUCCACACAUUUCCAACCUGAAUAGUGACAGUAGUUUGUGACUGGAGCAGACCCCAACAAGGGAACUGCUUACAUAGCUGAAGGUCCUUGACAGAUGCUGAAAGCUUUUACAUUAAGCUAAUGUCAUCGUAUUGCUGUAAACAGUUUUUCAGUUCCUGGAAACUGUAUUACUUAUGAUGAGUGGGAAUCUAACCACUUAGUCCAUUUUAAGCACUUUCCAAUUUUCCUUGAGCACGUUAUCUGUUUCUGCAAAAUUUCAUCCUAGAACUGCAGCAGCAGACAAGAAGUGGUACUAAGAAGCAGAUUCUUGCAUCAGAACAUCACCUCAUUUUCUGAUCAAAGACUGACUGUACUGGUUUUAGUGGUACAUUAUGUGAAAACUUUUCUCUCGAGUUCCUCUCUGAAGGAAAAACCCAAUGCAAAGUGGCCUUUACGUGCUGUUUAUUGAUGAAACACUUAGUCCAUAAAGAAAAUGUGAUUGUAAUGUGAAACAGUGCUGUAGGCGAGGGAUUAAUGGACUGCCUUUAGUGCUGUAUCCAAGACAUUCAAAAGCAUGGCUAGGAAUUGUUGAAAUUCCUUCAUUUUACAUUAUCUGUUCACGGAAGUCCCUUUUCAGUUUAUAAAACUGUUGAUCUAACACAAGAAAAUAAUGUAAAUAAUUGUAACAUCUUAAAAGAAAAAAAAAACAAUUGGUAAAAAUGGCUUUGGUGGGCAAAUGAAAGUGUAAAAUGGUUUUCUAUUAAAAAAAAUCAAUUGUCUUGUAUGUUUUAAUAAACAGCAGUACCAGCUUUCACUUGUAAAGCAGCUUCUAGCAUUGGAGAAAAAAGAUUCCGUGUUUGCUGAUAUAUAAUAUGUGCAAAGAAGAUGUAAUAUUAAAAAGAAACCCUGUUUUCUAAUUGUGUAGUGCAUGGUUAGUUUGAAUUUGUUUUGCUGCAAUAUAUUGUUUCAUUUAAGUUCAUGUAUAUGCUGAUUAAUUGAUACCUAUACCUAACUCCCAAACUCUAGUUGUUGUAGCAUGCCUUUUAAUAAAUGUCAUUACAUCUUCGCUCUGAA